AUGCUCGGCCACCUGAAGUUACUCAUCGUCGCCGUCACGGCCGUCUCCGCCCAGUUCAGAAUCCCGGGACAAGCGGGCUCCCAAUCUGGCCCGCAACCUGGCCAACAAGGCGGUCAGCAACCGCAGCAACCCGGCCAGUUUGGCCAGCAACAACAAGGCCAACAGGGCCAACAGGGACAGCAGAUUCUCGCGUGGCAGCAGAACGGCCAAAAUGGAAUGAACAACCAGAACGGACAGCCGGGAGGCCAGCAGACGUUUCCUAACCAACAAAACGGCCAAUUCGGCAACCAACAACAAGGCCAACAAGGUCAAUUCAGCCAGGGCCAAAACGGCAACCAGCAAAUCUUCCCCGGACCCGGCCAACCCAUCAACUCGAACACAAACGGCGCCAACGGCUACCAGCCCUGGGGCCAGAAUCAGAACCAGGGCGGUCAGCAAGGAGGCCAGCAGGGAGGGCAAUUCGGAGGUCAGCAAGGAGGCCAGCAGCAGCUCCCCUUCGGCAACCAGAACAACCAGAACCAAGGAGGCCAGUUCGGGCAGCAGGGCCAACAAGGGCAGUUUGGCGGCCAACAGGGCCAGCAGGGUCAGAUCGGCGGAUUUGGGCAGAAUCAGGACAACGGCAACCUGGAGAAGAACACUUUCGGCAACUCGAUGACGACGCUGCCCGACUUUGUCAUCCAAGCCCCGGUCGAAGCUCGCCAAGCUUUUGCCCAAAUCAUUCAGCAGACCAAUCAAACCCUGGCGCAACGUGACGCGGCGCUGCUCAAGUGGUCCAACACGUACAAUGUUACGGCCCAGUACAACACCUACGUCGCCAAGGAGACGAACACGACAUUGCAGCUGCAGAGCAACGCCACCCAGACCCUUGUGGAAAUGCAAAAGGUCCUCGCCAAGCUGUUCGCCCUCCAGAAGAACACCUCCCUGACGACGCAGCAGAUCGUCCAAACCAUUGAGACGACCUUGUCGACGAUGAGCAACGACAAAAGGGCCCUGCUUGCACAGAUCCUCCGAAUCGCCGGCGGCCAAACACAGCCCCAACAGCCGAACGGAAACGACUUCAACCAGAACGGGCAAAACGGAAUGAACGGAAAUAAUGGAAACAACGGAAAUAAUGGCUUUAACAACGGAAAUGGCCAAAAUGGAUUCAAUGGAAACAACGGCUUCAACAGCCAAAACGGACAAAACGGACAGAAUGGGUGGCAACCCAGGGACUACUCGAAUAAUUUUGGCGUUAAUGUGAUGCAUGUGUCG